UGAAUAUUAUUUUUAGUGGAUUUAUCAAACAAUUCUUCGUCGUCUGGUUGAUGAAAUCGAUUGUUUGAAUGAAGCAUUACAUCGUCAUAACUUUGUUGGUGUACAAAUCGGUGCAGUUGGAUUAGAACGUUUACGUAAAACAGCUCAAACACAAUUAGCUCAACAAUAUGUACCAACUUUAUGUUCAUUAAUACCAUUCUUAGAAGUGAAUUCGAAUCAAGAGUAUUUAGUAAAAUGGAUUCAAGAACUAGCAAAAGGUGGUUCGAUGAGUAAAUAUCGUUGGAAUUCUGGUUCAACUUUCAAUGGUAAACAAUGGGAGGAUCAUUUACCAACCGAUGCUGCUAUUGUAAUGCAUUUGAUGGCUACUUAUUUGGAUACACAAUUGGUUCCAUUACCACAUCAACCAGAUGCAAGAAAGUUUGUUGUGGAUAAUGGGUAUGUUGUUAACCUAAAUUCCAAAAAAUCUUGUACGCUCGUUUUCUUAGUAUUUAUAAUUGUAAAUAUGUCAUCUACGUAA